AAUUUACUAUUAUUCAAUACGUUCGAUAAUAUCAAAAAUGCAAGAUACAGAGCAUACAAAUGAAUGGGUCAAUUGGAUCGAGGAAGCUGUCGAUAAAGAAUAUUUUAAAUUUUAUGAAUACAAACAAUUUAAUAAUAUUCAACAUAUUGGUACCGGAGGUUUUGGGAAAGUAUAUCGUGCAAAUUGGAAAAACUCAGAAAAACAAUUUGCGUUAAAAUCUUUUUUUAGUCUUGAUAACAUCACUAUUAAAGAGGUUGUUCGUGAGUUGAAAAUUCAACGAGAAGUUGAUUUUCAUGAUAACAUUAUUCGUUGCUAUGGGCUAACAAAACCUGAAUCAGAUAAUCAUAAUAAUUAUUGGUUAGUAAUGGAAUACGCCGACGGUGGUAGUCUUCGAAGUUAUUUAAAGAAAAACUUUAGCAGACUUACUUGGGAUGACAAAUAUAAUAUGGCAUACCAGUUAUCUUGUGCCGUAUCAUGCUUACAUAAUGAAGGAAUAGUUCAUCGUGAUUUGCAUUCCGGUAAUAUACUUGUCCGUAAUAAUACAAUCAAAUUAGCAGAUUUCGGAUUAUCAAAAAGAAUUGGAUCAUCGUCCAGUUCUCAAUCAAAAUUAUUUGGAAUGGUUCCUUAUGUCGAUCCAAAAUGCUUCAAUAGACGAAGAAAUAAUAACAGAGAUAUUAACCAAUCAACACGAUUGUACUCACUAAGUGAAAAGAGUGAUGUUUACAGUAUUGGAGUAUUGUUGUGGGAAAUAUCUAGCGGCCAACCUCCUUUUUACGUUGAAGGUGAAGAAUAUGAUGUUGGUUUAGCUUUGGAUAUUUCACAAGGUAUUAGAGAAACUGUUGUUCCUGAUACUCCUAACGAAUAUAUUAAAAUUUAUACCAAAUGUUGGGAUGGGGAACCAGAUAAUCGACCAACAAUAUAUCAAGUAGUUGAUUGGCUAAAUUCCAUGAUUACAAAAAAAGAUGUAAUUAUAGAAAAUCAUCAGAUGUCAAAUGAACAAGAACUUAAUGAGACUUCUAUAAGUACUAAUAGUUCAGAAUUACAAGGAGAUUUAUCUCAAUUUAUACAAAAUUUUGGUAAAAUGAAUACAAAAGACAUUGAUUCUAUAAUAGUAUCAAGCAAUCAAGAAACUAUUUCAAUUGAAAAAGAUUUUAACAUAAUAGUUGAAGAAAUUUAUGAUUUUAUUUUUAAAUUAAAUAAUAAAGGACUUGAAUGGAAAUCAGAAAAGCAACAAAUUAUUGAAUAUUUUAAUGAUCAUAAUAUAAAUUCACAAGAAUUUUAUGAUUGGUUAUUAAUAAAUAAUCAAAAUAAUUCAAAUUCUAUUUUUUUAUUUGGAUAUUUCAAUUAUUAUGGAAUUAUAACGAUUAAAAAUAAUGAGAAAGCAUUUAAUUUAUUUUUCAAUGCAUCAGAAAAAAAGCAUAUAUUAGCACAACAUUUUGUUGGUCUUUGUUAUAGAUUUGGAAUUGGAAUUAUAAAAAAUGAAAAAUUAGCUUUUAAAUAUUAUGAAAAAGUAGCUAAUAAAAAUUUAUCAAGUGGACAAUUUAAUAUUGGUUAUUGUUAUAAUUAUGGAAUAGUAGGUAUUAAAAAAGACAUAAAAAAGGCUCUUAAUUGGUAUGAAAAAGCUGCAAAUAAUGGAAAUUUAAAUGCAAUGUAUAAUCUUGGUGUUUUAUAUGAAGAUGGAAUUGAUGUUAAAAGGAAUUGUAAUAAAGCUUUUGAAUUGUUUAAACAAUCAUCUGAAGGAGGAUUUAUAAGUGGAAUAAUGAUGUUAGGAUAUUGUUAUAAUAAUGGUAUUGGAACUAAAAUUAAUAAGCAAAAAGCAUUUGAAUUAUAUCAAAAUGCUGCAAAUUUGGGAAAUGAUAUAGCACAAAAUAAUCUUGCUUUAAUAAUGUAUAAAGGUGAUGGAAUUCCAAAAGAUAUAGAUAAGGCAAUUUAUUGGUAUGAAGAAUCUGCUAAACAAGGAAAUCAAGGUGCACAAAAUAGUUUAGAAGGACUUCAAAAAAAUCAAUAAUUUUCUUUAAUUAUUAAAUUCUCAGACUUUGUUUAUAGUAUUUAUUUUUUUUAAAUAGUAUUUACAAGAAUAGUGAUUAGCUGAUAAAAGGUUAAUUAAAAAAAAGUUUUCCUUAGUAAAUACUAUAUUUCUAUAUAAAUAUAAAUAAAUAGUAAAAUUUUUACCUACUGUAUUUAUGUAAUCUUUAUUGUAUAUUUCUAUUAUUAAAUAAAUUCUGU